CUCAGUUAUCAGCGAGGAAACUUCAAAAUCGAUUCGUCCAUCUGUAACCUGAAGGUCCACCCCUCGCUGUAGUGCUAUGAGCUGCGGUCGGUCUCAUGUCAUAUGCGAUAGGAACAGAGCCGCUGGUGUGAAGGGGAAUUUUUAACGCAAGUUACUUACAGUCAACUGUGUUGAAAACAUUUCCAUUAUGCCUCUCCGUGUGGUGAUGCAAGGGCCCGGCCCCUGGGGAUUUCGGCUGGUUGGGGGAAAGGACUUCGAACAGCCGCUGGCUAUUUCCCGGGUUAACCUUGGCAGUAAGGCGGCCCAAGCCAACCUGUGCAUGGGGGAUAUAAUCUUGGCCAUUGAUGGAGAACCAACAGAAAACAUGACUCACUUGGAGGCGCAGAAUAAGAUCAAGGGGUGUGAUGAGGAAAUGGUGCUGUCCAUAGACAGGUCAGAAGCUAAGUUGUGGUCGCCGCUUUCAUCUGAGGAAGGGAAGACUCAUCCGUACAAGAUGAAUCUUGCAUCAGAGCCACGGGAAGUUAAGCCCAUCGGUUCGACACAUAACAGGAGUGCCCUGCCUUUUAAUGCCUCUGGCUCAAAAGUUGUGACCAACCAGUACAACAGCCCAUCUGGUCUGUACUCUUCAAAGAAUAUCAAGGACUUUAACUCUGCUGUGGAUGAAGUUAAAACUGCAGCUGCAGCUAAUGACCCCAACAGCAAAGCUCCAUCAGAUCCAUCAGCAGCGGGAAAACAGCCGCCUGUGGCAGCAAAUUCAGAAGUUUACAAGAUGCUGCAGGAGAACCAAGAGUCUGAUGAGCCACCAAGACAGUCUGCAUCAUUCAAGGUGCUUCAGGAAAUUCUCGAAACAGAUGACUCAGAUAAACCGUCGGGCUUCAGGAGUGUGAAAGCACCUACGACAAAGAUGGGAUCGUCAGUGGGGAACACAGAGAAAUUGCCUACCUGUGACAAAUGUGGAUCUGGGAUUGUUGGGAUGCUGGUGAAGCUGAGGGACAAGUUCCGUCACCCUGAGUGCUACACCUGCACAGACUGCAACGUCAACCUGAAACAGAAGGGACAUUUCUUUGUGGAAGACCAGAUUUAUUGCGAGAAGCAUGCACGCGAGCAUGUUACGCCACCUGAGGGCUAUGAUGUGGUUACUGUCUUUCCCAAGUAGGGGGCUUAUUGAGCCUCGCUUCGGACUGCACACCCCUGUAGUACACAAUGUUUAACAUUUAUCUCAAGAUACUUGUGAGACUAUAAAAUGGUUCUCGGCCACAUAAUGCUUCAGUACUGUCACUGGUAGGCAGAGUAAAGAGCUACGUGCUUGAAAAUGUUGAUUUGCACAUUGAGUUUGAUCCAAAUAUUACAAUAGAUCUGUGUUUCUCUCAAAACAUAAUUGCUGUUAGUGUUAGCUGUGUCAUGUUCUUUGUACACGUUUGGUGUUUUCUCAAUCAUGAAAACAGUGAAAAGGAUACUUGUCAACCCCUUGAAAAAACUCACUUUUUUUAAACAUAUUUUUAUUCAAUAAAUACACUUUUAUACAACAAAAUAGUACAAAACACGCUAAAAUAUCAUUGUACAUUAAAUAUUUUAGCUUUAAAAUUCAUGUCUUGUCUAUAUUGAUUGUGAUUAAAUGUCUUUUGAAACAUGG